GGUCCGUUGCGUUUGUCACUCGACCCUUGUUCACCCUUUACUGAACCCACGAUGCCAGUAGUCUCUCCACCGCUGGGAUCCAAGGAACUAAAUUGUCACUUGCGGCGACUUGACGGGAAAUCUCUAGGAUGAAUCCUCCACCCCGUCCCGCCUUUUUUGCUAUGAGAGAAGUGUAUGCUCAUGAUCAUCCAAAUAUAGUCCUGGUGAUAUUCCGGAGUCCCGUCUUUUAUACGAGGCCUAUGGCAUAUGGAUCCUCGCCCCUUCCUUCACCUGCCUUAUGGUUCAACGUUCAAUAUCCACACUGAUAUCACUCACCAGGUCUCUAUCAUGCACGCGUGUAGCGCUCAAACUUUGAAGGCUUCCCUCUGAGUCUUGAUAAAGCAUGCUGCUCAUAGCUGAAAACCGAACCAAUCUUUGGCCAUUCAGCACUCGCACUCAAUGCGUCUUCGAUUCUCUAUCAUCGGACUACUUGGCUUUACGAUAGGAGCUGGUGCAUUACUUCCAGAUGGCCGUUCUCAUGCCAAUUUACCUCCUACGAGUACCAUUCCUAAACUUGAUGGCGCGGCCUUGUUCAGCGACAAGAUUCGGAACGGAACUGUACUCCCGCCUUACGAUACCGUUUAUCAUUUUGACCAACUUAUUGACCAUAAUAAUCCUUCACUCGGAACUUUCAAGCAACGUUUUUGGCAUACAUACGAGUUCUAUGAGCCUGGCGGACCUAUUGUCUUCAUGACCCCCGGAGAAGUGAACGCCGAAGGUUAUACGGGUUAUCUUUCGAACAGCACCAUCAAUGGCCUUAUUGCUCAACAGGAGAAAGGCGCAGUAGUUCUCCUGGAGCAUCGAUUCUUCGGUCUCAGUAACCCAUAUCCUGACCUAUCUGGCACGAGUAUGUCGGUUCACACUAUUCAGCAAUCCAUCGAGGACAUAGAUUAUUUUGCACGAAAUGUCGAACUUCCCAUGCCAAACGGGAAGAGUUUAGAUCCAGAUAACGCCGCUUGGAUUAUGACCGGAGGGAGCUAUCCAGGUGCAUUGACCAGCUACACCAUGGUCAACAAACCAGGUCUUAUCUGGGCUGGCUAUGCAUCAUCAGGACCUGUGCAAGUCAUGGAAAACUUCUGGGUAUAUUUCGAACCCAUCCGAAAGAACAUGCCACAGAACUGCUCUGCUGAUGUAGUGGCAGUCAUUGCACAUUUGGAUCAAGUCUUCUCUAGUACCAAUACUUCAGCGAAACAGGCUAUCAAAGACACUUUCGGCAUGGGUAGCGUCCAGCACGACGAUGAUUUUCUUGGUGCCCUUCGCAACGAUUUAUGGGCUUGGCAAGAACUACAACCUACCAGCGGUCCAGGGGCGAGGUUUUACAACUUCUGUGAUGCACUCGAGGUCAAGAACGGCAUGAAUGCGCCAGUUUCGGGAUGGGGUCUUGAUCACGCUUUGGCUGCAUGGGGUAAGCAUUGGCGAAGCGGGUUGGCAUCGUUGUGCGGACGUGCAACAGACGAGCAAUGCUUCGAUAGCUAUGCAAUUUCGGCACCUAAUAUUUCAAUUGAUCAGCCUUACCGGUCGUGGAACUGGAUUUUAUGUAAUGAAUUUGGCUUCUCACAGGUUUGUUCGAUAGCGUAGAGAAGUCUUGGUGCCGAUUCGUGACCUUGUGUUUAACAGUCGGGUCCUCCGGCCACUUCCCCGGUGCCAGCCAUAGUAAGCCAUCUGGUUGUACCGGAAUAUGACAUUCGUCAAUGUGUGUCGAUGUACCCCGAUGUCUUCACAACUUCCACCGCUCCAGACUUCGCUGCUAACACCGCGCGUACAAAUCAAAACUAUGGUGGCUGGAAUGUCAAGGUUAACAGGCUCUACUUCUCCAAUGCUCGACGAGAUACAUGGAAAGAGGGCUCAGUAUCAGCUGAAGCCGUGAACGUCUCAAGCACCGAUUCUAUGCCAGUCUACCUCAGUGAGGGAUUCCACGCUUCGGAUCUUUUAGUUCGGAUUGCUGCGGCGAAUCCGAGUGUUGCCGGUGCGCAACGAGAAGGCCUCUUAGCAAUCAAACGUUGGAUGGAAGAAUGGAAGCAACAACGCAAAUAAUGAUUUUGUGACUGUUUAUACUCUACAUACUUACAUUAAGGAAUGAAAUGAUUUUGGUUUUUUGCCCCCA